CGACUCGUCUAGACUAAUCUCAAGUUUGAGUGCGAUGGAGUCGACGACGGCACACGUCGACGCUCCUGACCGGAGGAAUCAACAGGACGAGUCCCAUGACGCGGUCGGGACAUUGGCCACGACGCAGACCAAGACCAAACUCAACAAAAUGAUGAACGCGUUUGCAUCAUUUGACGACAACAUGCGCAUUGGCACACGGCAACGACGGGAACGUGAUGAACACCGCCUCGCGGAAAUGCGAGCCGAUAUGACCCGCCUCGAGAAAGCCCUCAACGCCGAAACCAAGCGGCGGUUUGAAAUGAACAAGUCCCUCCAAGCCCUUUGCGACGACAGCGUCGCCGCCAUGAGCGCCAAGUUCGACGGCGUCCUUGCCGACUGGAUGGCCAAAGUCGACGGACGGCUACAAGGGCUGGCUGACAAGAUCCUCACCCUCGAAGGCCAAUUUGAGUACGAAAAAGUGCACAUUCCCGAGGUGAUUGAAGCCCGGACAAACGAGCUGACGGCCAAGUUGAGCAACUUCAUGGACGCGUUCGAGGCCGAGCGAACGCGGCGGCUGGAGCGGGAGGCGGAGAUCCUCAAGCGCCUAUCCGACCACGAGCAGUUGGUAGCCGACCAGUUCUCCAAGGAGCGGCGGGACCGCGAAGUCAAGGCAACGGAGCUGAAGGAAUCCCUCGACAUGUACACCAAGACGAGGCUGCGCGGUGACGGCAAGUUCCAGCUCGUGGCGCAAGAAGAAAUUGCCAAGAUACAAAACCUCCUCGUCCAAGAGUCGCAGACCCGGGAACGAGAAGACGACGAAAUCAUCGACGCCCUCAACCGAUACACGGCCAAGUUGCAAGACAGUCUCAAGCUGAUCAACAGCACCGAAGCAUAGCACACAGAGCUUGGUACGACUAGACAGACCUAAACAUGAAGUAUAUGGAUAACGUCAUCAUGCCUUUCAUCGCAA